AUGAUGAUGCUGGGUCGUGUCGCAGGCCGCGCUGCUGUGCGCAGUGUUCGCCAUGCUCGCCUCAUGUCCUCGACGACGCAAGCGAGCGGGUCCAGCGUGGGCAUGAAGGCUGCCACAGCGGUCGCCAUUGGCUCUGCCGUCGCCCUGUUCGCCAGCGAGGGCCUGGGCAGCACCAAGGUGGCGUCCAUUAAGAAGCAGGAGGAAAGCGCGUCUCCCGCUGCUGCCGCAGUUACCGCCGCCGCCGCCGCCGCCACGACCCCUGCCAACAACAGCAACAGCGACACCGCUGCUCUUGCUGCCGACACUGGCGUGGCAGAUGUUGAGCCCACAUACGACCAGCUCAACAUUAAGGAGGUGGACGGUCACAUCGUUCUCGAAUGGAACCAGAACGGCGUUCCCUUCCGCCACGUCUUUGACCAGGAGGGCACCACCGUGGCUGGCCCUGGCCCUGUCAGUGGCACAUCUGCCAAGGCGGAAGCCGUGCAUGUGGUUGAGACCCCUGCUGCUUCUGGCGCUACCAACGCUGGCGACAACAAGACCGAGCCCGACACGACGACCACCACUACCAAGGCAGCGCCUGCCGCCACCAGCGAGGAGCUCGUUGCGUCCAUCUCCCGGUCCCUUGACAACAUUGAACGUGCCAUCAACACCAACCUGUCCCAGGCCUCCACUAUGGAUGGUUUCCCGCGCUUUUCCGACUCGUGCAAGUCUCUCCUGAAGAAGCACCUCAGCCCCGACGUCUACCUCGCCUGCGCCGGCCGCGUGACGCCCAACGGCUUCACGUUCGACGCCGCCAUCCAGUCUGGAGUGGACAACCAGGACUCUGGCGUUGGCCUGUACGCGGGCGACGAGGAGAGCUACACCGUCUUUGCCCCUCUCUUUGACAAGGUCAUCGAGGACUACCACAACGGUUACAAGCCGUGGGAUACGCACGUCUCUGACAUGGACUCGUCGAAGCUUCAGGGCAACCCCGACCCCGAGGGCGAUUUCGUGCUCUCCACCCGCAUCCGCGUUGGACGCAACAUCCGGGGUCUUGGGCUGUCGCCCGGUGUGUCGCGUGCACAGCGGCGAGAGGUCGAGCGCAUUGUUGUCGACGCGCUCGCCAAGAUGGAUGCCGACCUCAAGGGCAAAUACUUCUCCCUCUCAAACAUGUCCGAGGAGGACCGCAAGCAGCUCGUUGCCGACCACUUCCUCUUCAAGAAGGGCGACCGCUUCCUGCAGUCUGCCGGCGCCAACCGCGACUGGCCCGAGUCGCGUGGCAUCUUCCACAACGACGAGAAGACGUUCCUUGUGUGGGUGAACGAGGAGGACCAGAUGCGCAUCAUCUCCAUGCAGAAGGGCUCUGAUGCAAAGCAGAUCUUCGACCGGCUCUCGCGCGGUAUUGACGCGAUUGAGCAGCAGGUGAAGGCUGCCGGAUACGAGUUUGCACACAACGACCACCUCGGAUACAUCCACAGCUGCCCCACCAACUGCGGCACGGGCAUGCGCGCGUCUGUCCACGUGAAGCUGCCCAACGUCGGCAAGCACCCCAACUUUAAGCAGUGGUGCGAGAAGCUCCGUCUCCAGCCGCGCGGCAUUCAUGGCGAGCACAGCGAGAGCGAGGGCGGUGUGUACGACAUCUCCAACAAGGAGCGCCUCGGCAAGUCUGAGGUGCAGCUUGUGCAGACGAUGAUUGAUGGCGUGAAGACGCUCAUUGCUGCUGAGAAGGCCCUCGCCGAGGACAAGCCCCUGCCAUCCGACCUGCAGUAA